AUGCUCAGGCUUUACAUGUUAUCAUAUACCAUAAGUAUUGUUCUUCUAAUUGUGCUCAAUCUUGCAGCUGUGCAUGGUGGGAAUGGCUGGGGGGUGACUUGCGGUCCUCUUCAGAUCUGUGCUUUAAAAGGAUCCGCAGUAACAAUAAACUGCUCUUAUGAAUACCCGCUCCAAAUAAAUGGCAAAAAUACAGAAGUUGGAGAAACAUUCUGGUUUAUAAAACAAACUAAUUACAUGUAUGUGGAUUUGAAAACUGAUCCAACUUUUUCAAACCGCGUGCAGUAUCACUGUGUGAACCACGUUUGUCAGCUUUCUAUUACUGAUCUGAGGGAAAGUGACUCAGCUGAGUACAAGUUCAGGUUCACAACAAACUAUGGAAAAUAUACUGGUUUACCAGGAGUCACGUUGUCUGUAACAGAUCCACAGCUGCAGGUUAUUGCGAGGAGAUCAACUGACUAUCAGUAUCCUCCCAGGACUGAGCUAACAUGUCACAGUGACUGUCAGCUGCCGGAUUCUGUUUCCUACAUCUGGUUCAAGAACAAAAAACGAUUAAAAGAAAACAAAAGGCAUAUAUUGCAGCAAUUUGAUAAUGCAGAUGCAUUUUACUGUGCCUUGGAAGAAUACGCCAAGUUUCCAUCUCUCGCAGCGUAUGUUUCAACUAGUCUCUUUGUGUCUGUUUCUCACUUUGGUGAGAUCUUGGAGGACAGCUCAGUGACUCUGACCUGCAGGAGCAAUACUUACCAAACACCCCCCAAAUACACCUGGUACAAAAAACAUGGCAGCCAAGAUUUUCAACAACUUAGUAAAGAACAACAACAUGUCUUCAGCUCCAUCAAGCCCUCUGACUCUGGAGUGUAUUACUGCCUAGCAAAGUAUCCCAGAAGCAGCAUUUCUUCAAGUUUAGAAAUCAAUGUGAAAUAUGGUCCAAAGUUCUCCUCCGUGUCAGUGAGUCCCUCUGGUCCAGUAGAAGAGGGUAAACCACUGAAUCUGACCUGCAGCAGUGAUGCUAACCCAGCAGCUUAUUACUCCUGGUACAAGGACAAUAAAUUCCUUUCAUGGUCCAGAGAUGUUAAUUUUCCCUUCAUCACCUCUGAAGACAGAGGAAACUACCUUUGCAUGUCUGAAAAUCGCUAUGGACAACUCAACUCUUCAUCUCUGUUUGUGGAUGUUCUCUAUGCUCCAAAACUUGCCUCUGUGUCAGCGAGUCUCUCUGGUGAUAUUGUUGAGGGUAGUCCUCUGAAUCUGACCUGUAGCAGCGAUGCUAACCCAGCAGCUAAUUACACAUGGUACAAGCAAGAUGCUCCAGAUCUUCCCUUUGUGUUGAUGAGUCCUUCUGGUAAUAUCAUGGAGGGCAGUUCAGUGACGCUGACCUGUAGCAGUGAUGCUAACCCGGCAGCUGAAUAUACCUGGUACAAGCAGGAAGAGAAAUCGCCAAAGAUUUCAGGACAAAACAUCACCAUCAACAACAUAAAACAUGAGCACAGCGGAAACUAUUCCUGUAAAGUUCACAACAGAUUGGGACAUAAAAACUCCACGGUACAUGUGGCUGUUGUGGAAGCGGCAUGGAAGUCAGUAGUCACUGGAACAUCAGUUAUGGUUCUCAUCAUCCUCAUCAUACUUGUCCUUGUUUUCUUUUUGAUGAAAAAGCGAAAACCUUCAGGACCUUCAAGUGAACAUGGAAAAAGACCUGACACCAGUGAACAGUGUGAACCCCAUCAGUCAGAGGAGCAGAAGGACCUUCACUAUGCCAGUGUGCGAUUGAUGAGGAAUCCAAAUGAUUGUCUCUAUAUGAACACGAGAUCCAACGGAGCCUGUAGACUUGGGCAGGAGGAAAAUGAGAGCGUAGAGUAUUCUAUGGUCAAUUAUAGCCCGAGGUAA